AUGGCGGCGCUGUUCUCGAAUCUCCCGGCGCCACUCCACUCGGCGGCCGACGACACCCCGUCCUCGUCCACGCUCGACCAGCAGCAGCAGGUGCAGCGUGAUCCGGGCCAGCAACUUGCUGUCCAACCACUCGUACCGCCCUACGGCCAGCGCAAGGGGUGGAAGCCAAAGAGCCAGCAGGACUUUGGAGAUGGUGGAGCGUACCCGGAGUGCCAUGUCGCGCAGUACCCGCUCGAGCUGGGAAGGAAGAGGACUGCUGCCGGCAACACCCUCGCCCUGCAGGUCAACGCCGACGGAAAUGUCAACUACGGUGCUAUCGCUACGCAAGGCCAGCGCGAAGGCGUCCACAUCCAGACCUCCUUCAAGGACCUUGUCCCGAUGUCACAGCGCACCGACGUCUCGAAGGACGUCCUCGCGAUGGAGCGACCAUCGGAAGAUGAAGUCCAGGCGACGGCUGACCGCACCCGCGCCGCGCUCGAGAAGCUCGUCAGUGGGAAAAUCAAGGCUGCUCAGCCGAAGAAUGUUGAGAAGCGCGGUGGGGACGUGCAGUACAUGCGGUAUACGCCGCAGCAGGGUGGGGCGGAGAAGCAGAAGAUCAUUAAGAUGAUGGAAGUCGUCGAAGACCCCCUUGAGCCGCCCCGCUUCAAAGGCAAGAAAGUCCCUCGCGGUCCUCCCUCUCCCCCUCCUCCCGUCCUCCGCUCUCCUCCUCGCAAAGUCACGGCGCAAGAGCAGAAGGAGUGGAUGAUCCCGCCUUGCGUGUCGAACUGGAAGAACAACAAGGGUUACACAAUCCCGCUUGAUAAGCGGUUGGCGGCGGAUGGAAGGGGGUUGCAGGAUGUCUACAUCAACGACCGCUUCGCCCAGUUCUCCGAAGCGCUCUACGUCGCCGACCGUCACGCACGCGAAGAAGUCCGCCAGCGCGCCCUGAUGCAGCAAAAGAUUGCGCAGAAGGAGAAAGAGGCAAAGGAGGAGAACCUCAGGAUGCUUGCGAUGCGCGCGAGGGAGGAACGGAGCGGUGUGCAUGUGGUUGGCUCUGGAGCUGCUGCGGCGAGGGUCGGUGGAAGUCUUGGAACGGCGAUUGCGGGGUAUGGGAGCGACGACGAGUCGGAAGACGAAGAGGCGGAUGCGAUCGCUCGUGGUGCGCAGGGCCAGCGGGCGGCGAGUACCGUCGAUGGUGGGUCGGACGAGGAGGAUGUCGCGCGCGAUGAGGGCGAGACGGAGGAGGACAGGCGUGCGGCGAGGGAGCGCGAGGAGAUGAGGCGCGAGAGGAGGAAGGAGCGCGAGAGGGAGUUGAGGAUGAGCAAUAUGGGUCAGGAGCAGCGCGCAAAGGUCCUCGCCAAGGCCACGGGCCGCGACAUUUCGGAGAAGAUCGCACUCGGUCUCGCCAAGCCGACCAUGUCGAAAGACUCGAUGCUCGACGCGCGCCUGUUCAACCGCGAGCAGUACUCCGCCUCGUUCGGCGGCGAAGACUCGUACAACCUCUACGACAAGCCGCUCUUCAGCGGGUCGAGCGCCGCGGCGGCUAUCUACAAGCCGCGCGGACGGAACGUCGACGACGAGGGCUACGAGGUCCAUGGUCAGGAGGUCGAGAAGGCGAUGAAGAACGACCGGUUUGGGCUGGGUGUCGCUGGCAAGGGUCGCGGAUUCGAGGGUGCCGACACGAGCGAGAUCCGCGAGGGCCCUGUCGCCUUCGAGCGCGACACGGCCGACCCGUUCGGCGUGGACGCCUUCCUCGAGUCGGCCAAGCAGGGAGCGUCAGGCUCGGGCGAGAAGAAGCGCGGGCUCGACACGGGCGACGACGGCGGUCGCAAGCGGGCGCGCGACGACUGA